AUGAUAGAAGAACGUCCUAUCCACGUUAUCAAGUUUGCCAAGAAUCCCCAAUUUGUCCGACGUCUCGAUGUACACGGCGUCUUGGAGGAAAAGCUGUUUGGCCCGGAUAGCGUCCGACGUGUGGCGCUUGUCGGGCUGGGCGGCAUAGGCAAAACCCAAGUGGCCGGGCACCUGGCGCAUUGGGUAAAGGAAAACAAGCCAGGGUACUCCGUCUUUUUGGUGUCGGCGUCGAGCAUGGCCGUCUUUGAGUAUGCGUGCGUCGAGCUUGCCAGGGAGCUUGGGGCCACACAAUCCAAGAACGAGGACGCGCGAGAGAACGAGGACGCGCGAGAGACUGUCCGACGACAUCUCAGUUCGGAGAACGCGGGUCCCUGGUUUCUCGUCGUCGAAGAUGUCGAUGAGAUGGAUAUUCUUAAGGCUUCAGAGGAGCAGCCCCAUGGAAUUCUUGAAUUUCUUCCGUGGAGCGAGCGGGCGGAUCUUGUUCACCACCCGACUCCAGAAACUCAGCAACUUUCCCUCGCAAUCGUGCAGGCAUCGCUGUACAUGAACACCGAGUCAUUGUCUAUAUCAGACUACCUGGACAUUUUUAGGAAUACGGCCGAGCACGCGACCGACCGAGCCAGUAGCGGUGGUAUGGAUCUUGAAGCCUACGACCCAGGUCGACGUGCGGCGUUGACGACUUGGAGAGUAUCCUUCACACACAUCCGCACUCGCGACGAAUAUGCAGCAAAGCUUCUCUCCUUUAUAGCAUACAUUGAGCCAAAAGCUAUACCUCGGUCAAUAUUGCCCCAUUUCUCAUCUAAAAGGAUCCUUAUGCAGGCCAUUGGCACAUUGGUCGGUUAUGGACUUUUGACGUGUCGCGGGGAUGUCUACGAUAUGCACGGCCUUGUCCAUUUCGCGACGUGGUGGGAAUGGAAUCAAGAUCAACAAACGGCAGAACAAGCGCAGCAAGACGUUUUGAAGGAUUUGACCGAUAUAUUCCCGUCCCCUACACCAUAUACGGUCAGAAAUCGUGACCAGGCGCAACAGUAUCUCCCUCAUGUACUCCGAGUCCUGGACACACAAUGGGGAGCGGGCGUUUCGGCGUUUCGGCUACGCAUCCGAGUGGGGCAAUGGCUGCUGAUUGAAGGACUGCCCAAAGAGGCUGUGAAAUUACUGGAGACGGGGACCCGGAUACAGCAGCAGAUGUCCAAAGACAGCCUCGACCAACUGGAGUUUCAGCAAGCACUCGCAGCAGCGUACCGGGCCAACGGUCGGGCGCAAGAGGCGCUCGAACUACUGGAGACGGUGGUCGCCGUGCGAAAGGAAGGAAAGGCAGAGGAUGAUCGACCUUUGCUGAAAUCGCAGCAUUGCCUCGCGGGAGCAUACCGCGCCGUCGGACGGGUGGCGGAUGCGAUUGAGCUGCUGGAAGUGAUUGUGGCAAUACGUGAAGAAACUCCCAAGAUUGACGAGGAAGACUUGCUCACGCUCAAGCACGAGCUCGGGGGCGAUGCGGCCGCGCUACGAAACAAGGAGUGGGAGCCUGGUGACUCUUUCCGACUUGCUUUACAGUUUGAGCUUGCCGGAGUAUACCGUGCCAACGGAGACGUGAAAAAGGCGAUUAGUAUCCUGCAGGAAAUGAUCGGGGUACAGGCUCGAAUGCUACAGCCAGACCACCCGUCACUGCUAGCAUCGAGGCAUGAGCUUGCCGUCGCAUACCGACACGAGGGAGAAGUCGACAUCGCCAUUGAAAUCUUAGAGGAAGUCGUGGAGAAUGCGAGGGGAAAGUUUCACGAGAGUCACCUUUCACUACUCGCGUACAGGCACGAGCUUGGUGCGGCAUUCCGCGUCAGGGGAGAGCUCGGAAAGGCGGUCGAUAUCCUGGAGGACGUGGUGGCUGUCGCGGGGCGGACUCUUCCCCAUCGCCACUCUUCGAGGCUUGCGUACGAGCAUGAGCUGGGAGUGGCAUAUCGACUCAAUGGAGAGCUCGAAAUGGCGGUCGAUGUCCUGGAAGAUGUGGUGGUUGCCGCGGGGCGGAGUCUUCCCCAUCACCACUCUUCAAGGCUUGCGUACGAGCAUGAGCUGGGAUUUGUGAAAGCCGGUAUCCUCAAGGUGCGCCUAAAAUACACCAAGCGACGUAAAUAUGAAGUGUGGAAGUAA